AUGAAACAGUUGAAUCUGUACAUUGAGGCUGCGGGAACAACUAGAGUCACAGAAUUGCAUGAGCUAGACGAGUUCCGAUAUCUUGCUUUCGAGAGCACGAGAUUAAGGCUAUUUCCGGGUAAACUCAAGUCACGAUGGUCUGGACCAUUUCGGGUGGUCGAAGUGCUCCCUUCAGGUGCUGUAGAGAUCGCCUCAGAGAAAGACUCUCAUACAUUUAGAGUCAAUGGGCAACGAUUGAAACCAUAUGUGGGCAUGGAUGAACCCAAGGAAUUUUCAGUGAUCCAUCUGACUGAACCUCAGAGGUCGAGCGAGCCUUAA